CGUUUGGGUUGUUGUCCGGAUCUUUCUCUCGCAGCUGUUGGUAUGAUAUAGAGGCCAACGUCGACAGACGUAACUCGGGGAGCAUGUCAAGCUAGGCACCCAGAUCAAGAAGCCAAUGACUGCCUGAAGUCAGUAUUCGCUGUCCUCCCCUAUUCUCCGCCACCUUCCACGAGGACCUUGACGCAGCCCGUCUGUCCACAUUGGACCCCAUCCCACGCGCAGGUCUGGACGGAAGUUAAUCUCAGCGCAGCGCCUCGUCCGCCAUGCCCCGUCGUUAGCCGAUUUCUGGUCCACAUUUCUCACGCUCUUUUCUUGCGGCUCUUCUGAUUCCUCGAUCUACGGCUACGACGGACGGUGAUCCUACCCAGCGCCAGUCGCCAGAGACAUUAUGGCGAGGGAGAAGCCUCCUCCCCUGUCUCACGACAAACACACACCCCGGCGACCGAUGCUGGCCAAGUUUGACAGCUUGCAAGAGCUUCUAGAACAGGCUGGCUACAAAGAGACGAGGAUCAUCACACCAGCGGGGCAAAAGCUGGCCGACGCUUCCUCGUCGAAUCCGACUGUCGGUGCCUCGUCAUCCUCGUUCUCCUCAUCCUCUUUCUCAUCAACGUCGCCACCAUCGCUCGUCAUUGACAACCAUAUAGGUCCCAUCGUCGAACGUCGUAGCAGGGAUUGCAGUGUCGUCGUUAUGGCUGACGAUGUAGCUGCCAAGGACGAUACUGGCACAAAUGACAGCAUCAUUCGACGGUUCCAAAGCAUUGCCGCCAAUUCAUCCUGGUUCUCCAGCGUGUGGCGACCCCGACCAAACCAGGCACUACCACCGCCCCCACCACAAACGUCGCUCGAUCAAGGUGGCGAGAGCGCACGAGCACGGCUACUUCGAAAGAAGAAGAGUGCACCCUCGAUGCAUGCAAGCAACAUCCGGCGAGCAUCGCAAGCAGACAUACGGUCGGACCACGCGGCAAAGAACGACGCAGUCUCCCGAGUCGACACGCCCAAAAAGGGGCAGCACCAGCGAAAAUCGAGACCUGCGCUUCGGCAUGCGCCGAGCACACAGAACCUCUGGCAGGGUAGCCUGCGCCAUCGAAAUGCCGUCACGCUCCGCGACAAGGAUGGCAAGCUGACGUCGUUGCCCAAGAGCAACUCUUUUCCUAGUCGACUACGUCUCAACGAGGGGGACAGCGCAGCAGCACAAGCAAAGAGGGACGCCAUCGAUGGCGCCAGAGUUGUGACGGCCGUCGGAUUCGGACGGCGCUCCUCGGCUAGCAAAGAUGCAAUCAAGGGCCUCAUCCUGAGCGGCGGCGCCAAGGAGCCCAGCGAGGCCGACUUUGCCAGCAACCUGGCUUCGCUGAAAAGUCACAAGAAGCGGCCAAGCCUAGUCGACGUCUUUGGAUCCAGAGAUUCAAUCGGUGAUGAUGACGUCGGAGAUGCACCGAUAGAAGCAGCCACUACUGCUCCUGCAACAAAGUCUGAGGCAAUGCCUGUCAGCACGGUCAAGGCGCUAGUUGAUCAGGUCAAGGCCACCGUGAAAGCCGAGGAGCAAGCAUAUGCCGAUGCGCUCCUUUUCUCUCAAGCUGCUGAGCCUGUCCUCUCCUGCAAUGAUGCCGUCGUCUUGCGCAACGGAGGGUGUCUCGAAGAGGCCGGCAGAUCGUCGAGCAACAUCGCUUCGGUUGCUGGCGAAUCUGCUUCGGGGGAAGCCUCGCGCUGCUACAAACCCGGUCUCCGCAAAAUGAGAAGCAUAGAUGCACUCGAAAAGGCGCUUUCCAAGAUGGAUCAGUCAUCCUCCGCCAGGCCCACUGGAAGACGCCCUAGCGACGCUCCUGAGGCAAAGUCUUGGGCUUCGUGGAGGCUCGGUGGCCCUCGGAGGCAGGCAGAACCCACACUGGAGCAGGCGAUUGUCGAGGAAGAGCAGCCUGUCACGUACGUCGACGACGCCUUGAAUAUGGCCCAUGGUGAAAGCACCGCUGCAGCAACGGCGGACGAGACCGAGGAUGUGCCAACCAUGGAGGUACCGGAGCCAGAGGUGCCUCGACCAACGACACCCACCCUCUUUGUCACUUCACCGACGGCCACACGAUCUCCCGUCGAACUGUCCCUCGACGGUGAGGAAUUCGAAGCGCGCAGCUACUCCUCUCCAGAGCAUAUCAUCGGCAGCCACCGUGGGCGAGCGCACAGCCGCAUCCCUCGGCCAAGACGGGGACGCAUGGCUUUUGAGGCCAAAGCGGAGCAGAGCUCGCCCACCGUCGUUCGGCCGUCCGCCAUCUCAAGAUCCUCCAGCCGUGGUGGCGGGUCUUCGAAGCCGCCCCUACGUCGCAAGGCCCGGCUCAGCAGCAGCAGCCGCGACAGCUCCGUAGAGCAGUCUAAUUCUAGUCACAACAAGGGGCCUACCUUGUCAGCGGCUUCUCAACCAUCCAGACGCCGCGGCGGAGGCCCGCGCAGCAGUGCGCUUCCGUCUGGCGAUCAGAUUGGCUCGGCCGUGGAAAAAGUGUCGGGCUCGGAGCAAAUAAGAGCGCUGCGGAGGGACGUUCUUAAACGCGAAGGUGCCAGCUCGAUGGACUCGGACCCUGACGACGUCUUCUUCGAUCUCACCAGCGCUGUGGGCACGGCAAAGGGUGACAGUGUCCUCGACUUCAACCGCAAGCAGAUGGCCGAGGAGCUCGACCAGAGAAGGAGUUCGGCUCCCUUUGGUCGCAAACAGCCUCUCGCCGACGCGAGCAGGAGCAGUUCUUCCAAUUCCAAUUCCAACAGCAGCUCCAGGUCACCUGCGAGCUCUUCUGUGGAGGCACGGUCAGAAGGCAUCGUCAGCCGGUCAGCAGGAAAUGUCUUGCAUCGCAAGAGAUCCGGUGUGGGCAUGGCCUGCCUCUUCGAGGCCGCGACUGCGACUGCCAACAAGAGUGCGGCCUCGUCUCGCUCCUCGACACCAUGCAGCGAUGAGAAUCUUGCACCACCUGACGCUCUCCUGGACAGCCCCACAGUACAGGCGAGGGGCAAGCGACGCGGUGCCACUCGUAGAUCGUUGGAACGGCGCCAGGCCAAGAACGACGCCAUGGACAUGCUUUGAUACACCCACUUCUUUUUUCUUUCUUCUUCUUUUCCCCUCAGAGUCCGCUCCUUUGCAAACCCACUUCAUUCAUUUACUCUCAAACCUAUCCACCCUCAACCCUCACUCAUACAGACAGACAGACUCAUCAGCUCCUCGUCAUCCGAUGUGCGCAUUUCUCUCUCUCGAAUAAUACCACCUUCACUCAUUCAAAUGACUCGAGUCACCCGCUCACAUGCACUCUCUCUACUCACUUCCCUGCCAGUGCACGUCGCAAUUUAAUACUGCUUGCCGCAUC